UUCCACUUUCAGUCCACCACGUCUUCACAGUUCACAUCUAUCAUUCAACAUUUCAACUCACAUUUUUCAGACACACCACAUCACAGUUGUUCUAACACUUUCCAGUUUUUCCCCCAACUUUCUCUCUCCUUCAAAUUUCCAAUUUCCACCUUCAAUUUUCCGCCAUGGAAGAUCGCUUCGAAGACGAAGAAACUGACUUACUCUCUUUCACUCCUUCCUUACCUCGAACUCCCAAAAUCUUCGACAGAUUCGACUCUUCUUCUUCCUCCGACGACGAAUUAUCUCCUUCUUCUUCAUCCUCCACUCACCAAAACCCUAAUUCCACCACCUCAAACGGCGUCGUCAAAUCCGCCGGUAAAAAGCUCGAUUACAUGAUCCAAUUUCUCGAUCGCAAGCUCUCCAAGGUCAACAGCAACAACUCCAACAAUGGCGGAAACGGGAGCAGCAAUUCGCCUUUACCGGAGUUUAUUGGUUCCGGCGGUGGAACCGGUAUUUUCCGGUUGCCGGUUAGGUCAGCGGUUAGACCUGACCGACCUCCGAGCAUUGAGGUGAGACCCCGUCCGAGGAGAGAGACUCAAAUUGGGCGGGGAUUGACGACGAUUGUUACUACUGAUAAGCAGUUAUGGAGUGGGGGAGAGAGUGGAGUGAGGUGUUGGGAGUUGUCUGAUAUUUUCUUAUCUCAUGAUGAUGAUGAUGAUGAUGGUGGUGAUGGUGGUGGUGGUGAUAAUGGUAGGUGUUCGGGCGAGGCGAGGGCGGGGGAUGAGAUGACAGCGAAGUUUAGGGAGUCGGUGGAGGCGGCGUCGGAGGUGGUGUGUUUGGUGGGUGAUGAAGGGGCGAGAGUGGUGUGGAGUGGACAUAAGGAUGGGAAGAUUAAUUGUUGGAGAAUGGAGGAAGGUGAGAAGAAUGGAUUUAGGGAGUGUUUGUCAUGGCAAGCUCAUAAAGGGCCUGUGCUUUCCAUGGUUAUGACUUCAUAUGGUGAUCUCUGGUCUGGUUCUGAGAAUGGCAUUAUCAGGAUCUGGCCAUGGGAAGCUAUCAUGAAGUCCCUUUCCCUAAAAGCAGGGGAGAGACACAUGGCUUCCAUUGAAGUUGAGAGAUCUUAUGUUGAUCUUAAGAGCCAAGUCACUAUAAGUGGUGUAUGCUACAUGUUCCUGUCAGAUGUUAAAUAUUUGCUGGCAAAUCAUUCCACAGCAAAGGUCUGGAGUGCUGGAAUUUUCUCAUUUGCGUUAUGGGAUGCCCAGACGAGAGAGUUACUGAAAGUUUUCGGUACUGAUGGUCAGGUGGAGAGCUGGGUAGACGCGUCAUCAUUGCAGGAUUUGACGACGGAAGAUGAGAUGAAGAUGAGGUAUGUAGCUGCUUUAAAGAAGGAAAAACCUCAAGCUUCAUUUGGAUUCUUGCAGCGUUCACGUAACGCCAUUCUUGGUGCUGCUGAUGCUGUUCGUCGAGCUGCAGUCAAGGGGGCAAUGGGAGAUGAUAAUCGGCGAAUAGAAGCAAUGGUUGCAACAAUUGAUGGAACGGUUUGGACUGGGUGUAGCAGUGGCCUUCUUGUGCAGUGGGAUGCAAAUGGUAAUCGUCUGCAGGAGUUCCAACAUCAUUCUUUUGCUGUCUUGUGUCUGUGCACAUAUGGGUCCAAGAUCUGGAUUGGCUAUAUGAGUGGGAUUGUGCAAGUAAUGAAUCUUGAGGGGAAGCUGCUUGGAAGCUGGGUGGCUCAUAGUAGUCCUGUUAUCAGAAUGGCUGUUGGCUCUGCUUUCAUUUUUACUCUAGCAGGCCAUGGUGGUAUACGAGGAUGGAACAUAACAUCCCCAGGGCCCAUUGACAAUCUGAUUCGCACGGAGUUAAGUGGCAAGGAAUUUCUUUACACAAGGCUAGAGAAUUUGAAGAUUUUGGCUGGCACUUGGAAUGUUGCACAAGGAAGGGCAUCCUGUGACUCACUUAUAUCCUGGCUUGGGUGUGCAGCAUCAGACACCGAUGUUGUUGUUGUUGGCUUCCAAGAACUAGAAAUGGGUGCUGGUGUUCUUGCAAUGUCUGCUGCUAAAGAAACUGUGGGAUUGGAGGGUAGUGCUGUUGGACAGUGGUGGCUUGAGACUAUAGGAACUAUUUUGGAUGAAGGUUCCACUUUUGAGCGUGUUGGUUCACGGCAGCUGGCAGGCCUGCUCAUUGCUGUUUGGGUGAGAAAGAGCCUUGAAGCUCAUGUUGGGGAUGUUGAUGCUGCUGCUGUGCCAUGUGGCUUUGGGCGUGCAAUUGGUAAUAAGGGGGCAGUUGGCUUACGGAUGAGAAUUUUUGAUCGCGUAAUGUGUUUUGUUAAUUGUCACUUUGCUGCCCAUCUGGAAGCAGUCAACCGUAGAAAUGCUGACUUUGAUCAUUGUUACCGAUCAAUGGUUUUUAGUCGGCCUUCCACUUUCAAUGGUGCUGCCGGUAUUAAGCCAUAUUUCCUAUUGUCUUGCUCGGUUGCCUGCUUCAUAUAUAUAUCAUGCUUUGUUUAUCGUUCUGGCUUGUUGUUGGCCUUUUGUCUUGCAGUUGGUGUCUCAUCUUCUGCUCAAAUGCUGCGUGGUGCUAAUAGUGUGGGCUUUCGCGCUGUUGAAGCAGCACCUGAGUUAUCAGAAGCAGACUUGGUCAUCUUUCUUGGAGAUUUUAACUAUCGCCUUGAUGGUAUAUCUUAUGAUGAAGCAAGAGAUUUCAUCUCUCAAAGAUGCUUUGAAUGGCUCAGAGAGAGGGAUCAACUUCGUGCAGAGAUGGAGGCUGGGAGAGUAUUUCAAGGAAUGCGUGAAGCCAUUCUUAGGUUUCCUCCUACAUAUAAAUUUGAAAGACAUCAGCCUGGUUUAGCCGGUUAUGAUGCUGGUGAAAAGAAACGAAUUCCUGCUUGGUGUGACAGGAUUUUAUAUCGUGAUAGCCGUGCUUCAUCAGCAUUGGAGUGCAGUCUUGAUUGUCCAGUUGUUUGCUCAAUCUCAGAGUAUGAGGCUUGCAUGGAUGUGACUGAUAGUGAUCACAAACCUGUGCGAUGCAAAUUUAAUAUAGAUAUUGCUCGUGUUGAUGAGUCAGUAAGGAGACAAGAGUACUGUGAAAUUAUUGAAUCAAACACAAAAGUCCGUGCUCUUCUCCAAGAACUAUGUAGAGUACCGGAAAUCAUAGUCAGUACAAACAAUAUAAUUCUUCAAGAUGAGGGCACAUCACUGUUGCGAAUUGCAAACAAAAGCACAGCCGAUAAAGCUAUGUUUACCAUAAUUUGUCUUGGGGAGUCCACUAUUGACACAGAUGGAUUAGCAUCAAAUCACAGUCCAAGAGGUGCUUUUGGCUUCCCACGCUGGCUUCAGGUAACUCCUGCAAAGGGUGUGAUUGAACCAAAUCGUACAGUAGAGGUCGAAGUUCAUCAUGAGGAGUUUGAAACCCUAGUAGAGUUUGUUGAUGGUGUUCCCCAGAAUAGUUGGUGCGAAGAUGCCAGGGAUAAGGAAGUCAUUAUGGUUGUAAGGGUUCAUGGAAGCUGUUGUACUGAGAUUGGCAGCCACCGCAUACGUGUCCGUCACUGCUGCUUAACCAAGGAGAAAGGCUCCAAAACUAAACAAGGAAAUGAGGUAAAAGUCCAGUCAAAUAUCUUGCAUAGGUCCAGCAUCCAAAAUCUCAACACUACACUUGAUGUUUUUGAGAAGCUACGCAAGCUUCGGUCUCCUUGAGGAAGUUCAAAUAACCCGUGAUUGAAUAUAUUUAUUUUUUAUUUACUGGAAGGCUCGACCCCUUUGAGGUUGGGUAUAUGAGAUGAUCCCACCUAUAAGGAAAUCCCAGCCAUGCAAUCAACAUUGAAGGAAAUUAACGACCACAUAAUACCUAUCCUCACGUAUCGAACACCAUCCUCGUGAUCGAGAGUUUAGGAGCUUUACCAUUGAAUUCCCACUUGAUUCUCUAUAAACCUUGCUUUAUGAUCCCCACUUUACUUCACCUCCCCUCCGGAAGUGCGCGUACCUAGGAACAUUGAUCUUUCCAGGCAACUCUGUUAGCAGACGUAAGUGUGUUCUUCCUGUUGUCCGGCUUAAUUUGCCUUCUUGCAGAAUACAAGGCAAACUACAGUCAUUUCUGUAAAUAGAUCAUCUAAAUGGUGCUGAUUUACAUUAGAUUGCUGAAGUUCGUUGUAUCAUGUAUGUACAGAAGGCAUGUAUAGGAUUUGAAUGUAUGAACAGCGAAAGGGAGUUGUUCAUGGAAAAAACUUAAAAUUGUGAAGUUGAACGAAAAUAAAACCCUUGUAAGCUGUAUUAUAUUGGUGUACUAGGUUGUUUUUGGUCAUGCGAAGAAAAUUUGAUUUGCUGUGUUUUCGUGCA